AGUAGCUCACGGCUCAGGAGACUGCUGCGCACGCGCACAUUCGCGCGCACCUUGGGUUGUGCGAGCUGUGGGCUGCACACUGUGUACUCAGCUCAGGAUGCCUUUGGGUUUCCGGGAGAGGAUGGUGGACUGGAGAGAGGCUCUGUGAGUGGAGGAAGACGGAUGCUGGAGGCUUCAUGUGGAUCUCCAGUUCCCACCCUGGCGUGUGCACCUAGUCAUUCAUGAAAUGGGACCGUGAAAACGGACACUGCCAAGGGUUUCUGAAGAACUUUCCCUCUGUGGAUGAUGGGUGACAACAGACCCCCAGACCACCUCAGACCCAUGGAAUUUCUCAACAUUCGCUUGGAAGACAACCUCCAGCCCUGCCCAGGAACGUGUCCAAGUGGCCAUCCGGGCCCUUCUGAACAGUGCCAGGGACACACCUGGUCCUUUGACGCCCCUGAAUCCACCAGGCCCAAUGCUCAUCGUGGGAACUCUGGUAUGGAGCCCACUCACCUGGGAGGUUGUUCUUGCCUGGAGGAGGCCGGGCAGACUCCAGCAUCACUGAGGUCACUGGGAAACAACUGCCCUCUGGGGAGUCCACAACAGAAUCAGAGCUCGUCCACACAGGUGGUGUUCUGGGCUGGCAUCCUGCAGGCCCAGAUGUGUGUCCUGGACCUGGAAGAGGAGCUGGAGAAGACAGAGGGACUCAGAGCCGAGCUGAGGUGCUGUAUCCCUCCGUCCUCUAGGGACUUCCUUGGUGAUGUGGAUCUGAGCCCCAGCCUGCCCAAGAAGGACGAAGACUCUGGGGAUGAUAGCAGUGGGCCUGGGGAAGACCAGGACUGGUCGAGGGGGCAAAUGCCAGGCUCCUCCCCAGAGUGGGGUGCUGAAGAGGACAGCAUCUUUUUUGACAAUCCCCUCUUCCUGGAGAGCCCUUGCUCAGACACUAGUGCCGAGGGACAAUGUUUUUCCUGGGGGUACCCAGAUUCUCACCCAGAUAUGAAGGCCUGGCCUCACAGUGCUCAAACCCUGGAUUCUCCACUCCAAGAAGGCACAGAGCUCCAGAGGCCAGGAAGUGAACUGGGUUUGGAGAGCAACACUGUUGACCAGAGUCAGUGUGCCCCCCCUCCAUUCCCUGUACCUUCCUAUAAGACUCACCCUUGCUUGGCCUUGGGGUCCUCUGAAGAGGAUUCCACAGUACCUCCUGAACAGGAGGGUGAGACUUCUCAGGAAGAUGACCUUAGCCCCUGCUCACCUAAAGCACCCUCUGAGGACCAUGAAUCAAGCCAGGAGUCAGAGACCUUUGGAUUUGACCUUAGACCUGCCACCACACAAUCUAUACAGCCCUGGGGAUCACAGACACCUCAAAGCCUCUCUGACCUGGCUCCACCCAUACUUGAAGACCUGCAGGCGGAAGAUCCUUCCUGGCCCCAGGAGCCUCUUAUCUCCCAGAAGAGAGGUGAGAGGGAUGCUGGCUGUUUCCAGGAGCCCAUGCCCUGUACCUUGCCCCCCUGGGGGAGGCAAGCAUCUCCACUGGAGCCUGGCACCCCCAAAUCUGAGGGCAGAGGCUCUAGCCCCAGGCCCAGCCCUGUGUCUUCCCAAGAGGACAGCCCUACGGCUCAGCACCACAGCCCCAAGUGGCCACAAGACGCCUCACACCCUUCGCUCCUGGAGAAGGAUGAGUCAGAGUUAAGUUCCCUGAGGAAAGCAGAGACAGAGGAGGUCCCAAACCGAAGGCAGGAGACAGAGUGUGAAAAUACAGCCAGGACUGAAGAUGUUCCAGCUGCCCAGCACGGAGCUCACUCGAUGUCUGCAGAAGGGCUUCCUGAGGGCCCCAUCCCCCAAGCUCAAUCUCCGGAGGAAAGCUGGAGGCCGUCAUCUGGGAACAAGUUGGCUAAUGACAUCAGAAACGACAAGGAGGCCCGGAACCUAGCCUUCCGCCUGUAUCACCUGAAUGGUUUCCGGAAGUCUGAAGUGGCCGUCCACCUACGCAAGAACAAUGACUUCAGCAGGGCCGUGGCCGAGGCAUACUUGUCCUUCUUCCACUUUGAAGGCCAGAGCUUGGACCGGGCCCUCCGCGGUUUCCUCCAGGCCCUGGUGCUCAGUGGAGAGACUCAGGAGCGGGAACGAAUUCUCUACCAGUUUUCCAAACGCUUCCAUUACUGCAACCCUGCAGCCUUCCCCUCAGUAGAUUCCAUACACACCCUGACCUGUGCGAUCAUGCUCCUUAACACAGACCUACAUGGACAGAACAUUGGAAAAAGCAUGAGCUGUCAGGAAUUCAUAAGCAACCUGAGCGGCCUGCAGGAGGGCGGGAACUUCCCCAAGGAGCUGCUGAAGGCCCUGUACUGGUCUAUCCGAAGUGAAAAGCUCGAGUGGGCUGUAGAUGAAGAGGAGACAGCCAGACCCGAGAAGGAUCAGCCCUGUCCCCCAGCUGGCAAGAUAAGCAGCCCCUUCCUCCAGAUGGCUCAGGACCCCACAAUGCCCACCUACAAGCAAGGCAUCCUGGCUCGGAAAAUGCAUCACGAUGCUGAUGGCAAGAAGACACCUUGGGGCAAGCGAGGAUGGAAGAUGUUUCACACCUUGCUGAGAGGGAUGGCCCUCUACUUCCUGAAGGGAGAAGGCCACCAGCUGGAUGGGGAGAGUCUGGUGGGACAUAUGGUGGAUGAGCCCGUGGGAGUGCACCACUCGCUAGCCAGCCCAGCCACCCACUACACCAAGAAGCCGCAUGUCUUCCAGCUUCGGACUGCAGACUGGCGCCUCUACCUCUUCCAGGCACCCACUGCCAAGGAAAUGGCUUCCUGGAUUGCACGCAUCAACUUGGCGGCUGCCACACACUCAGCACCCCCCUUUCCGGCCGCAGUGGGCUCCCAGCGCAGAUUCGUGAGGCCCAUCCUGCCCAUGAGCCCUGCCCAGAGCUCCCUGGAGGAGCAGCAUCGAUCCCACGAGAACUGCCUGGAUGCUGCCUCCGAUGACCUGUUGGAUUUGCAGAGGAACCUGCCGGAGCGACGGGGCCGCAGCCGGGAGCUGGAAGAGUACCGCUUGCGGAAGGAGUAUCUGGAGCACGAGAAGACUCGGUACGAGACCUACCUGCAGCUACUGGUGGCCCGCCUACACUUCCCUCUGGGGGACCUGGCUCUGUGGGAGGAUCAGCUCGAGAAGGAAGCUGAGGACGUUCAGGAGCCAAAGCCCAGCCUGAAGAAGUCUCACUCAAGCCCGUCGCUGCACCAGGAUGAGGCCCCCACCACGGCCAAGGUGAAACGCAACAUCUCCGAGCGCAGAACCUACCGGAAGAUCAUUCCCAAGAGAAACCGCAAUCAGCUGUGACAUCAUCACCCAUCGCACAGACGCUGACCGCUGCUCUGGGGUGGGCCUGAGGUGAAACCUUCUGUUGCCAGGACUCUGAUG